AUGAACUUUUCUUUUUUUGGGGAGGGCGACGACAGGGUCACUCACCAAUACGAGCCGUCCAACCCAAUGGGCCGGAUCUACCGCGUGGCAGCCAGCAGCCACCCCGGUCCCGCUGCAGGGAUACGCCAGGUUCCCGUUACAGAAUGCAGGCAGGCGGGAGUGGACGAAAUGAUGUGCCACAAAUUAGCAGAAACAGGGGCAUUUACAUGGGACGUGUGCAAAACAUACCAGGAUUCAAACAAGGAAGGAAAGCAGGGAGAGUCAGAGUCGAUGUGGAACACUGUGGUACGAAGUGCUCUCUACACGUUGUAUCAUCCCAAGUUGAAAGGCGAAGGCAGGGCAAAGCAGAGGGCACACUGGACGUCCCGGAAGCCCACCCGCGGCGACAUACUACGACAGGCGGCAGAUCGGAUACUCGAAGGGCAGCACCGCAUGCGCCUUUUGGGAGUUCAUGGCAAAUAG